GUCUUGGUUCCAGCCUUACGCUACCCGCUAUAUACAUAACUGCGUAGAGGAACACAGAGUAACCAUCUACAAGCUAUUCACUAUUGGCUUUCAAUAUGUUCUCGCGCAAGCAUGUGCAAUAACUGCUUCCAAGGUCUAUCUUGCUUAGACGACCAACAACAGCUUCAAAAGUUUAUCGACGGGUUCACAAGGAAGCAGCGUGUAAGAACGCAAAUUGUGCGAGUACCUGCUAAGCCAAUUCAGCCUCAGGCACAGGCAACAGAGUCGCUAUCGGGUAACACAUCUCCAGGAGACGACACAAAGCAGAUUGCAUAGUUUCACUUUUUAGCUAAGCUCACGGUUAGCGCAACAUUUCGGCCCAUCAGCGUAACUACAGCGGCAAAAAUGUUUGCGUCAACGGCAGUCAACCUCAUCUCUCGCUUUGCUGGCUGUGGCCUAGCAGCCACGGCCAGGGCUUCUACGGGCGGCGCAAGCCGCCUUCUUGGCGUGCUGCGCUCCGGAACCGCUGGCUCUAUUUCUUCCAAUGCCUCUGUCAACCUCGCUAGCAGCACUUCCAGCCUCGGCUUCAACCCCUCCUCGAUCGCGCACUACAGCACCCCCUCCUCUUCGUCAUCAAACAACAACAACGAAGCCGACUCCUCUCGCAAACCCGAUCCAUCCAGCAGCAAAGUCGACUCCGUGGAAGGCGCCGAAGGCGCCACACCCUCCGACGCUUCCCCUGUAGCCCCCUCCGGUCCUGCCAGUCGUCGCGACACGGGCGCUGCUGCCGAGACCAUCUACCCGAGCAGCCAAGAUGACAACUUGGGCGUGCAGCGCAACUGGUUCAAUGCGCUAUUUUCGCAGCUGAAUGUCGUACACCGCACGGGUAUGGUUCCACACAUGAAGGGCCGACAGAAGGAGGUGUUUGUGGCGGUGGAGCGGGAGUUCGAGACGCUGUGGGAGCGACAUGUGCGGGACAAAGGGCUCAAGGGCACCGCCCACCGCGGCAUGCUGCUGUGCUGCCUGGCCAUUGCCACCCACCGGGUGCUGCGCUACGAGACGGGGGACGACGAGCUGGUCAAGGAGAUCGUGCGCACCAACCUGGGCGGUAUGGCGGUGGGGGUGAUGAUGCGGCUGCACAAGGCGCGGCUGUGGCUGCUGCUCAAGCUACUGGCGGAGGACCCCUACAAGCAGGCCGUCCGCUUCCUGCCCACGCUGCAAGGCGACCUGGGUGAGCUGGUGGUGAGCCACGUGGAGGGAGACCUGGCGGGGCAGCAACCCCCCCAGCAGCACCAGCACGCACCGGCAGCAACCCCGGCCGCUGCCGCUGCCGCUGCUGCCAGCAGCCCCCCGGCCGCCAGCGGCGAGGCGGUGUGGCGCGCCUCCUCCUGCGGCUUCCAUUCGGUGCUGGCGGCGGAGGAGGCCACGGAGCUGCUGCCGGAGUUUUGCUGCCAGUACGGCAUGCAGUGGUUGGAGGAGUUUGCCCCGUACGGCGUCCGUGUGGGGCUGGAGCAGAGCAUGGCUUACGGUGACGAGUGCUGCCUGGUGCGCAUCAGCCGUCCGUGGACCAUGCAGCCGCCGCCGACAUCCGCUUCCGCACCUGCCUCGCCACCUGUUGCCCAGGCGCCGCCUGCUGCUGCUGCUCCGCCUGUGACGUCGCAGCCGCAGGACGGCCAACAGCAGCAGUAGCUGCGGCGGUAAUGAGAGGGAACGGAGGUGGUCCCGUGACGUGCGUGAUGGAGGCGGGCUAUUGCUAGAAUGGAGGGAGGAAGGAACAGCAUGGGGUUUUUAACAGCUGUUUUUGUGGUGGUGGUGGUGGUGGUGGCUAGGACACCGCUCGGUGUGAGGUCUCGGGUUUCCCGGGGGUGGGAGACUUGCGGUGGCGGGUCCGGGGCGGCUAAAAUAUGAAUGCUGGAGGCUGUCGGAAGGAGUGUAAAGCGUGCGACGAGAGGCGGGGAUAUCUGAUAUCACAGUCUUGAGAGCGGCGCCUGGGGAUACGCUGUGGGAAGCGAUGAUGGGGCAGCGCCUUGGGCUUUCUGUACCUGUAGCUUCAGGAAACGCUUGUGACACAGGUGGGGAGGAACACCGAGCAUAGGUACACGCCUUUCGCCUUUUGGUCAUCACACUCCAUCCCUGAACCCUGGAGCUUCAGUAUCUAGCCUUGAUGGCAAACCCAAUAUUCCGUCAGAAAUGCUCGAAACCCGACCUAUGGAUGCGCUAAAAAGGCGGUGGACGUUCGAUGGGCAUCGCAUGCACUGUCGUGCGUGCAUGGGCCUGUCAACGGUCAUUUGACCGCGGAAAAGCAAAAUGCCCGGCCAUCUACUUUAUGACACGCCAUAACCUGACGUUUGUAAAAUAGUAAGUUUAAUAGACGCCUCCUUGCGGAAGCAGGCCUGCAAAUGGCACUCUUCCUUCCACGUGCCCUGUUGACAGGGAUAGCACCACAAGUAAAUGAGUCAAUUUCUUUGUUAGCCCCUGCACUCUUCCAGCGGCAGCGCGUAUCGGGGAUGGCAAGCCGUGCUGCCGCUGAUUUCUCGGGCGAGGCAUCGAGUCCAGGCGGCGAGCAGGAUCGGCAGCCAAGCACAAGCGGGCGUGGUACAGCUACAUCUUCUACACCUGAUUGGGACUGGAAAUGGGUGCUCGGAAAGGCGCCAGGGCGUAAGCCGGCCAUCAAGCGCCCCAGCAGGCACCAGUGGUAUUACUGCAAUCCAAACUAUGACCCGAACGAGCCUCUUCCGUCGGUUCUACGCUCACCUUACGCGCCUCCUACCGCGGGGAACGACUGGGCGACGUAUGAGCGGCAUCUCAGGUUGCAACCAGCCAACAGGCAGGAUGUGAACCGCUAUCGGCGCAACUUUGUCCGCUUUCUCAAGCUUCGGGAGUUGGACUGGCGGGAGGCCUUCCAGCGCGGUGUUGCCGAGGAUCAGCGUGUGUCACGGAAGCGCGAGCGGCUAGAGGCUGAGGCCAAGCGGCAAGAGGCAUGGCAGGCCUAUAAGGAGACAAUUUUCGAGCGGGCUCGGCUAGAAGCCGAGGCAGAGCGUUCGGCUGCGCCAUCGGGUGCGCCCUCAAGCCUCAGCGGCGGUAGCAGCAGCUGAGCCAAGCACCCUGCUUGGUGACAUACAGUGGAGCUGGUAGCGGCUGAUGCGAGCAGGCGCCAUGGCGUGUUGCGUAGAGGGGG